AAAUUGGCGUCGCCAAACUAAGUCUUAAGUAGUUAAAAUUAACUGCCGGGCAGCACACUGCUGCAGUAAACGCUGCCACAGAUCAACCUCAACGUCGCGCGCGCUCUCUGCCGCCACCACCGCCAAUUGGAUCGCCGCUGCCGCUAUUCAGUGUUCGGUGUUUGGUUCAGUUCAGUUUAGUUCAGUUUUAGUUACCGCACGGCAUAAGCGUCGCUGCUCCGCUCAAAUUUAUUUUUAAACAAAACAACAGCAUCGCGGCAUAAUUUUCAAUUCCAGGUGCUUAAACCGAAGUGUAUCCCAUUAAGUGGAUUUGUGUCCAAACACUUUCCAUUAUUAUUCGCUGUGGCUGUGCUCAAGAGCGAAAUAGAAAUUGUGGCGAAUUGCGUGCGUUGCGGCAAAUUGAUUUUUCACCAAAAUACUUGGCAGCGAACGCUGCCAGCAUAGACCCUAACCUCAAAACAGCUGUUGCAUACAACAGACAUCGUGUAAAGCGCGUCUGGCAAAGAAAAUAACAACAAAUAUUAAAAAAUGGACAUCGAGACGCUGCGCAAUGAAUGGGAUGAGCUAAAUCGAGAAUACACCGAACUCGAGACAUGCAACAGACGCUACAUGGAGCUGCUGGAACAGCUGCAGCAGCAUCAACAGAAAUGCUUCAACGAGAUCAAACAUCAACGUUAUCGUAUGAAUCAAAUAACGGCCUCUGUGCGACAAUACAAAGGACCCAUUGGUGGAGAGGAGAAGGAGAAGCUCGACGAUCUGCAAAAGAUGUCGCUGAAGCGGAAGGCGCAGCUGCACGAAAUUGAGCAAUCGCUGCCGGCAAAAUCUGGUCGCUACCUGCAGAUUAUCCUCGGCGAUGUGAACGUCUCAAUCUUGAACAGAAACGACAAAGUUCGCUACAAAGACGACUAUGAAAAGUUUAAAUUAAUACUCAACGUAAUUGGACUGAUAAUGGCCUUCUUCAAUUUGAUAUUCAACUACAGAGCUCUGGAGCUGUCCUUUAUAUUCCUGCUGGUCUGGUACUACUGCACGCUGACCAUACGCGAGUCCAUACUGAAGGUGAACGGCUCCCGGAUCAAGGGCUGGUGGCGCGCCCAUCAUUUCAUCUCAACGGUCGCCGCCGGCGUGCUGCUCAUUUGGCCCCAGGGCGAGCACUGGCAGCUCUUUCGUCUGCAGUUCAUGUACUUUAAUGUCUACAUCAGCAUUGUUCAGUAUUUGCAGUUUGGCUACCAGAAGGGUCUGCUCUAUCGACUCAAGGCUCUGGGCGAGCGCCACAAUAUGGACAUUACCAUUGAGGGCUUUCAUUCGUGGAUGUGGCGCGGCUUGAGUUUCCUUUUGCCGUUCCUCUUCAUUGGCUACGCCUUUCAGGCCUACAACGCCUGGACGCUGUUCAAGCUGGCAUAUUAUCCGCCCGAUGCACCGUGGCAUGUGUCCGUCAUGUGCGGGCUCUUUCUGCUGCUCUUUGUGGGCAACACGGCCACCACACUGUGGGUGGUGCCCGAGAAAAUACGCGAGCGUUCCAAGGAGCGCUAUCGAUUGCAGAGCAUGGGCAAGUCCAUGAAACUGCGCAAGGAGAUGAAGAACAGCGCCAGCGACUUGGACCUUUCGGGCAACUCACAGGCAGUGACAACGACGCCGGCGUCGACUCCAACGCCGGCGACGACGACGACGCCAGCAGCCGCAGCCGCAGCGCUGCCGACGGCAACUGAGAAGAAGGCAAACUAAAGCAAUAGGCAGCAUUUGUGAGGUGUAGCGCGCUCAGUCAUAUAUUUUAUAUAAUUCUUCUUCUCUUUUUUGUUUUCUUAGUUUGUGCACUAAUUAAUUGAUUUUGCUUUAAACUGAAGUUUCGGCGACUUCUCUUUAUUAUUCCUAUUCGGUUUAUUGCAUUCAUUGAUUUUUCUGAAUGUUCGACUUCGAACGGCAACUAAGCCAAGGCAUUCACCUAUUGUAGGGCAAAGCAAAACAUAAACUACACAAAAACAAACACAAAACUAAAAAGAGAAAAGCAAAUGCUGUAAAUUUAUACCAACUAUGUACAUUAUUACUAUUAUUUUUUUUUUUUUUUUUGUAUUUAAGUAAAUUUUUUUUUUCGCUUGCUUGUAAAGAAAAAGUUAGAAGGAGAAACGUGAAGUAAAAUUGCAAAGUUCUGUGUGCAGAAAAAGCGAAUUGAUAUUGAAUGAAAAGAAACUGCAAAAUAAACAGUGAAAAAACAGAUUGCAAGAAAAAUAUCAAACAACAAA